AUGUCUACCGAAUUAACUAACAAUGAUUUUCGCCUUAUUUUUGAUAAAUAUGAAAAAGAAAAGAAAGAAAAGGAAAACAAAUUAUUGUUAAAGGAAGAGAAGAAAUUAAAAAGAAAACAGAAAUAUUUAAUAAAAAAAAAAAAAAAUGAAGAAAAAAGUGAGAAAAGGUAUAGAGACAGAGCAGAAGAAAGGAGAAAAGGAAUAAUGAAAGAUGUGAAAGAUGCCACUGUAUUAUACAACAAUGUAAAUAAUACUAUUGAUGAAUCAAAGUACAUGGGAGGAGAUAUCGAACACACGCACUUAGUAAAAGGUCUUGAUUUUUUAUUAUUAAAUAAAGUAAGAAACAAGUUAAUUGAUAAAAUAAGUUUAGAAAAAGAAAAAAUAAAAGGAAAUAAAAUUAACACAUCCAAUCAAAUUCCAAAUUUUUUAAAUAGCGAAUCUAAAUACAUUUACAAAUAUUUCUUUUUAUAUGAGAAUCCUCAUCAUAUAAAUUUUAAAAAAAAAAUAGAAAAAAUUUCUGAUAAUAUUAUGAAUAAUAUGAAAUUUAAGAACUUUAAUAAAAAUAUACAUUCUUUUAAUUAUAAAUAUAACAUAGAUAUGAAUAUUGAUAAAAAUGACAUACCAAUUAAAUAUAUUUAUAAUGUGGAUGAUAUAAAAACUAAUUAUACGUAUUACAUGAAAGAUUCCUUCUUAAAUGAAAUCGACCUUUGUUUUAAAUGGCAUAUGCAAAAUAAAAAAAAAAAAAAAAAUGAAAGAUUAUCAAAAAGACCCUUGACUAACUUUUUAAAAGGAGAACAAAUUUCCGAUGAGCAUAUUGAUAUCUUUAAAAAUGAUGAUGAAACAUAUGAUAAAAAUUUAAAAAAAAUAGAAAAUAGUAGUAAUAUAAUGGAUAAUAACUAUAAUUAUAGUAAUAUAAAUAAAAUUAAAGAAAUAAAUAUCAAUGUUAAUGAUAAUGAGGACAUAAAAAAAAAUAAGAAUGAAAUAAAUAAAGAGAACUUAUCAAAAAUAGACAAAAAUACAGAAAAAAACAUAAAAUUGUUUGAUUCUGAAAACACUUUUAAAACGAAUAAUCAAUUUUUAAAUGAAAAAAAGAAUAGUUUAAUUAAAAAUAUUUUUACGGACACCUAUGAAGAAUGUUAUCCUGGUUAUUGA